AUGGUGCUCAUAGCUCUUGUCGCCACGUUCGAGAUCGGGUCCAUCGUCUGUGCUGCAGCUCCAACAUCCAAUGCUCUGAUUGUUGGACGGGUCAUUCAAGGCAUAGGUGGAGCAGGAAUCUCAUCUGGAGCAUUUAUGUUGAUCAACGUUCUCAUCCCUCUGCAGUCUCACCCCAAAUAUGCUGGAGCUUUGGGCUCGGUCUUCGGAAUAGCCUCAGUCAUUGGUCCAAUCGCUGGCGGAUACUUGACUGCAAUCACAUGGCGGUGGUGUUUCUGGAUAAAUCUUCCCGUCGGUGCCAUCUCGCUGGUUCUUGUUGUGCUUUUGACUCCCAAAAGUCCCGCGCCGGUGAAGCCGGCAGAUACUCGCUGGGGAAAAGUCGAUCAGUUGGAUCCUCUAGGUUUCAUUCUUAUGGGUCCGUCUAUCGUCUGUCUGCUUUUUACCACUGAAUGGGGUGGCACAAGAUAUCCCUGGAAUGACGCACGCAUCAUAGUACUAUUUGUGGUUUUUGUUAUCCUGGGUCUCGCUUUUCUAGCAGCUCAGGUUUGGCGGAAAGAAAAGGCAACAGUGCCGCCGCAGAUCUUCUUCCAGCGGAGUAUUUUUAUGGGAUCUAUAGCAAUUGUGGGCAUCGGAUCUGGACUUGUGAUCUUUCCAUGUUAUUUACCGAUUUGGUUUCAAGUCAUUCAGAGCAAGUCGCCGCAAAACUCGGGGCUGUCUCUGAUACCACUGCUCCUCAGCGUUGUCGUCGCAGUCAUGGGCGGUGGUAUUGCAACAAGCCUUCUUGGGUACUACACUCCGUUCAUGAUUGCGGGAAGCGCCAUUCUUGUUGUUGGCUCUGCCUUGAUCACCACGUGGAAAGCCGACAUUGGAGCUGGCAUUUGGAUUAUUACCAGAUCAUCACAGGGUUUGGACUCGGUCUCCGAUAUAUCUGUGGGCUUAGCAGUAUUGAAUUUCUUUAGCUUUCUAGGAGGAUCAGUCUUCAUCACAGUGUCUCAGACAGUACUCGAGGAAAAUUUGAACCAGGGCCUGGGGAAAAUCAUACCGGACCUGGACUCAAGCACUCUCGCCAACAGAGGCGCGACAUCUCUCUCGAGCAUGGUGAGCACUGACAAACUGUCUCAAGUUCUUGAUAUCUACAACCAUUCGAUGAGGUCAAUCUGGUACUUGGCUUUGGCUCUCUCGAGCCUGAUCUUUAUGGCAUCGUGGGUAAUGGAAUGGAAAAGUGUCAAGAAGGCACACAAAAGUGAUGAAGCGCUGCCUUAG